GACACAGAGGUGCUCUUCCACAGUCCAGCCUUUGUCCCCUUCUCCUGCCACCCUUCUUCCUUCCACUCCCAUCAUUGCACGUAGCCCCCCUGCUCCUCCUCCUGCUUCUCUUUUCUUUCUUUCUUUUCUUUCGUUUCCCCUGCCCAUGGUUAUAUAGAGGUCACCUGUUCAGCUUGGCACUCAUCAUUUUUUUUUUGCUUUUCUUUUCCUUUUACUCUGUCAACAAAGAAGGAUUGGAGCUGAUUAGUUUCCUUCAAGGUUACAAUGUCUAAAAGCUUUGACUCUGUGCAAAGUUCUCUAACCCCUUGUUUUUCCUUCUCUUUCCUGCAGCAGUUUAAUGCUUUAGGAUGAAGUCUUGCAGGCAACUAUGGAAGGUAUUGAAGGCAUCUGUUGGAAGAAGGUUUGAGAUUUGGUCUUCUCCUUGCUGAGGAAAUUCACUAUUCACCAACCCCUAGAACAGACCUUUCCCAUGUACCCAAGGUUUUGAAGGGGGAAGGGAUAAUUAGGGUUCUCAGCUUCUUGCAGCUUUUGGAAAGAUGAAGUAUAUGAAGCUUGGAUCGAGGCCAGAUGACUUUCAUUCUGAUGGGAACAAUAUCAGGUUUGUUACAGCUGAACUGGAAGCUGACAUUGUCAUAAGUGUAGCAGAUGUGAAGUUUUAUCUACAUAAGUUCCCUCUUCUAUCGAAAAGUUCUCGCUUGCAAAAGCUGAUAGCAGCUAAAAAUGAGGAGAACAAUGAGAUUGACAUACCUGACAUUCCUGGUGGCCCAGCUGCAUUUGAGAUCUGUGCUAAAUUUUGUUAUGGCAUGAUUGUUACCCUCAACGCGUACAAUGUCAUUGCAGCUCGCUGUGCUGCAGAAUACCUUGAAAUGCAUGACAGUAUUGAGAAAGGAAACCUCAUCUACAAAAUAGAUGUCUUCUUGAGCUCCAGUGUUCUGCGUGCAUGGAAGGAUUCAAUAAUCGUUCUUCAGACAACAAAGUCUUUGCUACCAUGGGCGGAGAACUUAAAGGUAGUCAGCCAAUGCAUCAACUCUCUAGCUUCCAAAGCAUCCAUCGAUCCUUCUGAGGUAGAUUGGUCCUACACCUACAACAUGAAGAAAAUUGCAUCUGACAAUGGAAUUGAUGUGCAUUGGAAUGGAGUUAGGAAACAACAGUCUGUCCCCUCAGAUUGGUGGGUUGAGGAUCUCUGUGAUCUUGAAGUGGACUUAUAUAAGCGGGUUAUCCUUGCCAUCAAGGCGAAGGGGCUGGUGUCAAAUGAUGUGAUCGGAGAAGCUCUAAAAGCUUAUGCUUACAGGAGGCUUCCAGGUUUUCAGAAAGGUAGAGUGAUGACUGCAGGCAUCAAUGCUCCAAAAGUUCAAACAAUACUGGAAACCAUUAUUUGUCUAUUGCCGACUGAACCAGGUUCAGUUUCAUGCAGUUUCUUGUUCAAUCUUUUAAGAACUGCACACUUGCUGGAAUGCGAAGGAAUAUGCAAGAAAGAAUUGAUCAUGAGAAUCGGAUCCCAGUUACAUGAAGCUUCUGUGUCCGACCUUUUAUUUCCAGCAACGACAGGGGAGAUUGCGCAUGAUGUUGACUUGGUUCUGAGUAUCGUGGAAGAGUUUGUGAUGCUUGACAAUGACAUUGCUCAAACCAAUCCUGAGGACUUAGAGGAAGUCGUGGAGAUCAAGAGCCCAAUCUUUGUUUCACCAAAUUCAAAAGUUGCUGUUACAAAGCUCGUUGACGGGUACCUCGCUGAAAUUGCAAAAGAUCCAAAUCUACCUCUUUCCAAGUUUAUCAGGCUUGCCAAAAUGGUAUCAGCUGCCUCAAGGCCGGUACAUGAUACACUUUACCAAGCAAUUGAUAAGUAUCUUAAGGAGCACCCGUUGCUAACAAAGAGUGAAAGGAAGGAAAUAUGCGCUCUGAUGGACUGCAAAAAGCUGACGACUGAGGCCCGCAUUCAUGCAAUUCAAAAUGAGUACCUUCCUCUUCGCGUAGUGGUUCAAGUUCUCUUCUUUGAGCAGAUGGGAGCAUUAGCGGGUUGUGCAACUGAACUACCAGAAAAUGGUAGACCUCUUUUCCUUCAUGAAAAUGCUGCCUCCUAUGGGAGCUCAAGAUCGUCCGUCACAACAAACACAAGAGACGGAUGGGGCAGUGUCCCUAAUUCUCUCAAGCCUGUGAGCUUGGCCUGUAGUGGCGGAGAAAGACACAAUGGAUGCAAUGAUGCUGAUAAGAAUUGUGAUCACAAGGGUAACAGCAAAGUCAAGGGAAUACUGAUGCCCAAGAAGAUAAUGAACAAGCUGUGGUCAAGCAAAGUUGGCGAAAACAGCAGCUCUGACAUGUCUGAGAGCCCUGACUCCACUACUCUAGAAUCCAAAUCGGUUCAUUCAAGGAACACAAGACACUCGGUGUCAUAGCAACAACAGAGAGAUAAAAAUUAGUUUCCUUUAGUGAAAGUUGGAAUGACAUUGAAACAUACCAGAUGUCAUGAUUGAGCAUUUUGAAUCAACUUUGCUCAAGAAGGUGUUGCUGAAUGAUAACUCUUUCUUUCCUUUUUUUUUUUUUCAUGUACCAUUAGAUGGCUGGCUGAUGUAAGUGGGUUUGAUGUGAAAUGUAAGUAUCAUAAUUAAGAUUUGAUGUUGAUAUAA